AUGUCUCGCAAACCACCCCAAGCACCUCCAUUAUUCACAGCAACACCCUCCGCCAUCCUCUCCCAAACCUCAUCCCUCAUCUCAUCAACCACCACCCUCGAAAACACCCUUUCAUCAACCCUCACACCCUCAACAGCAACAUACUCCAACCUACUCACCCCCAUGCUAAAAGAUGAUCACGCGGUAUCUAAACAAACCCUCAUCAUUCGUCUCUUCAGCUCUGUAUCAGAGGAUAAAGACCUCCGCGAUGCAUCCCGCACAGCGGAGCAGAUGCUCCUUAAAGCCAAUGCUGAGGCCCUCAUGAGAAGAGAUAUAGCUGCUCUUGUUAAAGCUGUUUAUGAGAAAUACCAGCGUGGGGAAGAGAAGCUGGGAGAGGAAGAUGCGUAUACUUUGUUCAAGACGCAUAGAGCGUAUCAGAACACUGGGGCUGGCAUUGAGGAUGAGGAUGUGAGGGAACAGUACAAAGCUGCUGUACAGGAACGUAACGAAGUUCUUGUUGCAGCACGCAAGACGAUUAGUGAAUCUGACGAGGGCAUCUUCUUUACGAGGGAACAACUCAAUGGUGUACCGGCUUCUAUUCUCGAUGCAAUGAAGACCAACGACGAAGGACAACUCAAAGCAACUUUCAAGAAGGGCCACAUGAUCUCAAUCAUGAAACACACCACCAGCGCCCAAACACGCAAAGCAUACAACAUGGCGAAAGAAAGCCGGUUUCCCGAAAAUGUAACACGCCUCGAGCGCGCUGUCGAACUACGCAACAGCACAGCGCGAAUGCUAGGCUUUAAAACCCACGCCGAGCUCAAAAUGCAAGAUAAAAUGGCAAAAAGCGUCGAAAGCGUCAUGGAAAUGCUGAAUAAACUCAGAACAGAGUUGAAACCCCUUGCAGAUGAAGAGAUGAACACGCUAUUUAAGAUAAAGAAGGCUUAUGUCAGAGAUAACGGUACUGAUGAGGAUGGAGAUGAUGUGAAGAGGCUGAAUGCAUGGGAUUGGGCGUUUUAUGCGAGGAUUCUGGAGAAGGAGAGAUAUUCUGUUGAUUCACUUCUUAUCUCGGAGUAUUUUGAGGUCAAUCACAGUUUGAAGGGUAUGCUGAAGAUCUUUGAGGAGAUCUUUGGGAUGGUGUUUAUACAGACUGAUGCGCCUGUUUGGCAGGAGGAUGUGACUGUCUACGAAGCGUGGAAUUCUGAGGAUCAAGGUGGGGAGUUUCUGGGAUAUCUGUACCUUGAUCUUUAUGCGCGAGAGGGGAAAUAUGCUGGUGCGCAUAGCUCUCUCAUCCAACCUGGCUUCGUAACAUCAGACAACAAACGCCAUCAUCCCUCUUCAUCACUAAUAACAUCCCUCCUCCACACGCCCUCACAACCAACUCUACUCUUACACUCCGAGUUAAAAACAAUGUUUCACGAACUCGGUCACGCAAUCCACAAACUCGUAACACACACCAAACACCAACACGGCUGCGCGCGCGAUUUCGUCGAAAUUCCCAGUAUUCUUCUCGAGAACUGGAUAUGGGUUCCCUCCGUUCUUCAACGCCUUGGAAAACACUACUCCUACCUCUCCCCCGAGUACCUAACCUUCUGGAAAGCUAAGAACGAGGGCGAAAGACCGGAUGAGAUAUUACCGGAGAGGUUAGCCCUGGAUAUCGCGAAGACAAAACAUGUCAAUGGUGCGCAUGCGAUGCUGUAUCAAGUGUUUCUGGCGUUGUUUGAUCUUACGAUUCAUAAUGCUGAGGAGGGAAGGGCUGUUGAUACGACGAGGUUGUGGAAUGAGAGUAAGACUGAGAUCAUGGGGCUGGGAAGGGCGGAUAGUAUUGGACAGGCAUCGUUUGCGCAUCCGUUUAGGGCGUAUGAUGCUGCGUAUUUUACCUAUGCCUUAUCAAAGGUGUACGCGACGGACUUAUGGGUUAGCCACUUCAAAACUGAUCCGAUGGACAAAGCGACAGGUCUGCGAUAUCGCGAGCUUGUGCUUCAGCCGGGAGGAAGUCAACCCGAACUCAAAAGCCUCACCAAUUUUCUCGGCCGCGAACCCAACGACAAAGCAUACUACGGCGAAGUCACCAGCACACCCCGAACAGAAACGACAAAAUCGUCAGUAUUGUAA